AAAGUUAUUUGUGAUAUAGUUGGUCCACCAGGCCCACCCUACAACGAUCAUCAGUUCACUGACGAUCGCGAGAGUACGGGAGCUCACUCUCGCACUAUCACUUGAUAAUACUAUCAGCGUAGUAGUAGUAAUAGAAGCAAAGGUACGAGGGUAAAAAUCUAUUGGUUCGAUAACACAGUUUUAGUUCGAAUAAAGCAGUCGUUUGGAUCGCAUGUCUUUGCACCGCUAGAAGAUCACCUUUUUAAAAUAAAGUUCCUUUGCUAUUAACGCGUGAGUUUAGUUCGAUCACCGAGAAAAGAACAACCAGUGAUUUUAUAUCGGAGAAGAAAUUUACACAUGGUCCUUCGAUCCGGAUUACUCCGCAAAGGGUCCGGUGGUCGAAAUUUCCGUGAACAGUGAAGGUGCACAAAACGGUGGUGUGAUCGCCGCCAUUGUCAAAAAUCGUCGACGGCAGACAAAGAAGCUUCAUCUGAACAUCGUGGCCGUGUUAAAUAUAGCGCCAGGCAUUGCAUGAACGUUUGGAAUUUCAUGGGCGAUUGGAAUUGCAUGGGACCAAUCCGCAUUACAUAGGAAAUUCAGCCAUCGGCAGCAAAAUUCACAGAUAAGUAGCUAAAGGUUCAGGUUUGUCUGGGGUGGUGUUCUGAAUGCAUAGACUUUUCUACGGCUCAUGUACGUACACGGCACAGGACACAAAUACUACAUCACAAGCUGGUGGAAAAUAAUAAACAAAGACGGCAAAAGUAAAUGGGAUUGUUUUCAACCAGGAUACUUCAUUAGUGUUCGUGAGACCGGUCGCAAAGAACUCAAUGGUCAGACGUCCGCCAUUGCAAAGUUGUUUUUUCGGAAAAAUGGAUGAAGUACCGGCUAGCCCAGAGUUGGUGAAGCGUAAAAAAUCACGUCGGAUUACUAAUCAAAUCCAGCGGCGUUCGAGGUUAUCCUUGAAUCGUGACAAACGUGAUAACGACCAGGACACUACCGAGCAGAGCAGUAUUUUGGUAGAUGGUUCUGCUGUUGCAAACGAAACGGAUGGACAAGAUGAACGUUUGGAACAGCUGAUAGAUGCUAAUUUGUUGUAUUUGGAUGAUAAUACGGAACCAGUCGUGUUUGCUGAUGAGGAUCCACUUGUAUUUGCUGCAAUUUUGGAAAAGGCCAAUCAGAUUGAACUAGAACAUGCCGUUAAACCUUCCAGGGAAUUCCUGGCUAACGUGAAGCACAAAUUUGUUAAAAUAAAAGAAGUAAUUGAGCCACCACCAGUGUCAGAGCACCAUGCAGAAUCUGAAGCUAAGAAGCAGGGAAAUGCGUUAUCUAAAAAAAAUUACAGUUACACUCAGUUUGAUUUGGAUACGCAAAUGAUUGGUAUCUGUGAAGCAGCGGAUAUUUUGGCCGAUUUGAACAGUGCCCCAGAUCAAGAGCUGAAGGAUUGGAGCAGCCCUAUUAGUAUUUCAGAUAAACCUGAGUUAGUGUCUCAAAGGGGAAUUGGGAAAUGUGACUUACAAUGCCAACAAGAAUUGUCGUUUCGACGCAAAUAUCGUUGGUGUGAUGUUAGACAAUCGUCUCUUUCUAGGGAUGGGUCAAACGAUAUUUUCCUAUGUAAAACUCCUCCAAUGACUGAUUCAAAACGGACGAACAAUUUCGAUUUCAGCGAUGAAUCUGAUGCAGAUUUGUCUGUAGACUACUGUAAAAUCAAAUCAUUAAAACUGCGACAACAGCUCGCUAAGAUUCAGAGUUAUAUAGACAGCCCACCUCAACUGGUCAAUAAAACAAACAAUCGAAGAACGUUUUCCAAGAAGUCUUUGAACAGCGGACCAAGAACACCAAAUGUAAUUCGAAGAUUAAGUUACGAAAGAAGUGAAAAUUUAGCAUCGGAAAACGAUCAAACCUCUAGUUCUUCCGAUGAUGAAAUGGAAUGUCUUGAUGGCCUACAAUCGCAACAGCUAGUAGAAGACAUACCUCAAAGAAGAACUAGUUUGGAAGGAGAUGAUUUUAACGCGAGCUUGCUCAUAAAAGCUAACAUUCAUCAACUAUCGCAAUUUUUCUUGAAAUCCGCCGAAUCAUGUGACAAACCAGAGCGUGACACCGAAUCUUUGGAACAAGAGCCACCUUUUCAUGGAUUCGUACCAGAACCUUCAUCGCCAAUCUCUCUGGUUUCCAGUGGUUCCCCUCGCACUUUGAAUAUUGCCUGGUUAUUUUCUCAAAGUGAAUCGGAACUUUAUUCGGAUGGAGAAGCGGAAAUCAAGGAACAUAAUCUGGAAGACCCGUUGCACCAAUUACUUGACGAUGAUGAUGAGUUCUUAGUACAGUUGCAUUCGUCGCAGCAUAAACAUUGUGAUGACAAAUCAGAAAAGCAAUCAAUGCGCGUCAAGAAUAAUUUGGAUGCAAAUGAUUCGUUAGUAGUCCUUGAAGACAGGCGUAAUUCUAUGACGACUCCCACUGUGCCCCACAGUAGUAGUUCUCACUUCAAUAACAAAGAUGGCAUGUACCAAUAUGCACCAAGUUUCGGCGGUUUUCAAACAGCCGGUGGCAGUGGUAUCAAUGUGUCGGAGAAAGCUAUGGCGAAAGCUCGUUCCAUUUGGAACGAAGAAGAAGACAGAUUUACUACAGAUGCAGCGUGGGUGAAAGCUACGGAACAAGACACAUGCGCUGUAUCCGAUAAUCCCGUGCCACCUCUCGGUGGAUUUACUACAGCUGGAGGAAGCUCGAUAACCGUAUCGAAAAGCUCGCUUGCAAAAGCAGAUGAGAUGUGGAAAACUUUUGAUACUGAUGUCGAUUCGAUGGCGGCACUUGAUAACAAGUUUACAAGUGCCGGUUUUCAAACAGCACGAGGGAACUCUGUGAAGUUAUCGGAUAGUGCGCUUGUUAAAGCGCAUCAUAUGUUCCAGCAAUGGGAAAGAGAAGAUAAUACACGUGAAGCUUCAUCAUCUGCUCUGAUAGGAAACAAAAUAAAGAUUCCCGAACAAGAUAAAAUCGUUGGUUGUGGUUUCCAAACUGCGCAAGGAAAUUCCAUCCCUAUAUCGGAAAGUGCCUUAAACAAAGCGCAUAAAAUAUUCGAGGAAAUUGAAAGAUACAUCGAUUAUAAGAAUGAGAGGUUACCAACAACAGUCACACAAUGCUCAAACAAUUUUAACUUAUGUGGAUUUCAAACUGCUAACGGAAAAUCUGUGCAUGUUUCAGAAUCUGCCCUUGCAAAAGCUCAAACAAUUUUUCAACAGAUCGAAGCGGAGUCGGUUAAUAUGGAACCGGUUAUUGUAGAAAAAAGUGGUUCAAAUAUGGGUGAUCAAGCGUCGAAGCGCCUUCGGGAAUACGAAACAGAUAUUGAUCCGAAAACACCUCUGAAACGGCAUAGACCAAAUGGCAGACUAGAAGUUGAAAUUCCAUUUUCAACGAGCACGCCAAAUAUACCUUCAAAAGUUUCCAUGCAAAGUGAAGACGGCGGAAUGGAACACUUUUUCGAAGAUUUGAACGACCAAGAAUUUCAUCAUUUGUUCGCCUCUGAGGACUCCAUGCCACGUAAAUUACGCCCGUUGAAGCAGGUACGACUAGUGAAUCGGUUCGAGGAGUGUGACGUAAAAAGUCCCACGGCGGUUAAUAACUCAGGCGGCGGUCAUUGGGACGAUAGUUUCGGAGAUUUGGUCGCCAAAUUGAGUGCAGAAUUAAGCGAUGGAUUGAAAAUUGCUCAACAGAUUCUGGAUGCCAGAAGGUUUGCCAGGCAACGGCAGUUAGACUACGUGCAAAAUAAACCGCAUAUGGAACGAAAGCCGAGAUUGCAUGACUUUGUGAGAAAAAAGCAACUACGCAAUAGAAAGACAUUGGAGGAGCUCGUGGGUGACUUGAAGCCUUCAAACUUUGAAGGUGAACUUCCCGCUCGUAUUCGACUGUUGAACGUGGAAAAUGCCACCGAGUUUAAAUUCGACAUGCUUAGUUUAUAUGGAAAAAGCUUUUGCAUCCAAAAUGUAGAUGGAAUCCCACUUGCUUUAGGAGAACCCGAUGCAAUCAUUCAGUUGCACCUUGAUGAUCACUGCUUGACGGGAGUUUCCGAGAUUAGAUCAGCUUUUCUUGCAGCACCAGGUGUCGACCCAUCUCUAGUUCCCAGUGGUUGGGUUGAAAAUGCCUGGAAAUGGAUUCUCAUCAAACUCUCGUCUAUGGAGCGCAACUUAUAUAAGAUUUUUACCGAAAUAACCACACCAGAAAAUGUGAUCAAUCAACUGCUAUAUCGAUACCAUGUAGAAAUUGAUUGUGCUAAACGGCCUGUUAUACGAAAAAUACUGGAAAAGGACGAAGUAGCAACUAAACGGAUGGUUCUAUUCGUGUCUCGGGUAUUUCGAGGUCAGGAUCCUUCUGAGGUGGAGCUAGAAUUAAGCGAUGGAUGGUAUCCUGUCAGAACUGUCAUAGAUGUACCAUUAACAGAAGCUGUUCUGAAAGGCAAAAUCACAGUAGGAACUAAGCUUAUGAUCCAAGGCGCAGAACUAUUAAACUUAAACGAAGGAUGCUCUCCCUUGGAAACACCAGGCGAUGUACGAUUGAAAAUUCACGCUAACUCUACGCGUCGAACACGGUGGGCGACAAAGCUGGGACUAUAUAAAGUACCAAAGAAAUUCCUAAUAUCGUGCAAUGAUAUUCUGGAUCAAGGAGGACUGAUAGUGUGUUUGCAGUUGGUAGUUGUACGAGUUUACCCUCUUAUGUACGUGGAUAAAUCUCAGCGGAAUGUUCAAGGCUCAGUACUGCGAUCGGAACGUGUGGAACGUCGCCAUACACUUGCGAACGAUGCUAGUCGUUUUGAAAGCUUUCAGGCGCUUUUUAGUCAGGUACAAAAAGAAUUCGAUGCUGAAAGAAACCAUAAGAUCGGCAAUGGUUUCAAAAAAAUUCCUACAACUCUGUCAUCGGCUGAGCUUCCGGAACUUUUAGAUGCUGGCGUUGACUUUACAUGUUUGGAGAUCGAUUUCACUGCAACACAGCGAGACACCAUCGUUGAGCAUCAACGCCGACAGCAGGAAGAGUGCCUUAACGAAAUCAACCGCCGAGUGAAGGAACGCAUGAAUAGCCAAGCUACGAAUCGCAAAGUUAGUCCGCUUCUCAAAGUGCGUGUGAUGGAUGUCCGAAAGCCCGAGAAGGUCCUGCUUCUGUCCAUUUGGCGUCCGCCGGAGGAUAUUGAUGAAAUUAUGCAGGAAAGUAACGUACUGGAAAUAAGGAACGCGACUGCCAGUGGUACCCGUAAUGGCGAAACUCAGUUGACCACUGGGAAAAGCAGUACAUACCAGCUGUUGAACCAACAGGUAUUCGAUUUACCCGUUGGUCAUCUCAGAAAACUAACGACAAUAGCUGAUAUUGAAAUUUCCACCUUUUGCCCCCUAUUCAACGAGUUUGACACGAUCGGUGUUGUUGUACAAGUUGGAAGUUCAGAAGCAAAAAAAUUUCAAACAGCUUACUUCGCAGAUACAGCUAUGAAUAUACUAUGCGUGAAUUUCUGGUAUGGCAUAAAAGAAUAUGCAUACGAAGAUAUGGUAAAAGAACGAGUAGUUCUUUGCAUUUCAAAUCUACAGUGGCGAACGAUCAAUGCGAUGAAUGUAAUACCGAAUGCUUUCGCUACCGAAUAUACCACGUUCAGUGAGCAUUCGAAAGUAAAACACUUUGCCGAAGCACUCUCAAAAUUUCAGGCAACGCUCAAUGCAAUGGAUUUGGAAACAUUCUUAAAUGAAUGUUGUAUAAAGAUUACGCAAUUGAAGGAAAAGAAACUGCCUCGAUCGUCUAGUCUCAACACACCGAUUCGUGUUACUGACAGUUUGCACAGCUUCAACGCUUCCACUCCUGUACGGUCAGUGCUGGGGAAUUCAAAUGUUCUAGCCAAAACGCCGGUAGAUUUUUCUCCUGGCGUUGGUCAACCGAUCAGUGCGCAGAAACGCCGAAUACAAUUGCUGGAAGCAGCUUACAGAAGCCCCCCGAAACUAACUCCGAUUGUGAUGCGCAGCAACCCUCGUGCACGUAAGAAUUUUCGAAUUCCUGCCAAGCUGGAAGAUCGAAUCGAGCAAACUAGGGAGGAUGAUUCGGUUUGUUAGUUUAUUUGAUUUUGUUAAUAAACUGUUGUUUAAUUCGA